GACAAAAAAUCGCAGAAGCCGACAGUUUAUUGCCACCAGAAAUUUCUAAUAUUACUGAUUAUAUUUUCAAUUAAACGAUCCACUGGCCACUUACAAUAUUCUUCACGUUCUCUAUUUUCCGGGAUCAUAAUUGGAGGAAAAUGGGGGCCAUCUUGGCCAAGUUCCGGAAAGGGAAGACUACAGUGGAGAUAUUGGAAGGGAUCGAUAAAGACAUCGACGGGCUACUUCGAUCUAAGCGACGUAAUGUCGAACUGGAGAAGCACUAUAUGGGCAGCUUACUGCUCUACUCGGUCAUUGGAUACCUGAUAAUGGCACUCUUCUUCUAUUUCCUCUACAAUGCUACGACUUGGCUACAGAGAGUUGUUCAGAUUUUACCACUUCUUCUCUUUCCCUUCUUAAUUUGGCUGAUACGGAAAGCGUUACAUUGGUACUUUGUGAAGAGGAUCGCUAAAAAUGAUCUUGCCCUUGAAGAAUUGAGGAACAAGAAAAAGACCGUUCUAGAGGAUGUGAAGGAAAAUGAGAGUUAUAAGAAAGCCAAAGAGAUCCUUGAGAAGUUUGACCCCAGUGCGACCUUGCCACCUCUGACCCCCGUUCAGACACCAGCACUUGGGAGAGGACAAACACCAACACCAGCUCUGCGCCAGAGACCAUUCAGUGCAAGGGGCAGGGGUCGCGGAAGAGGAUCUCCGAGCAUGACCCCCAUGCGACCUUCAGCUCGUCUAGGGAACCAACCAAUGCUACAGUCACCUCAAGCUGCUAUGAUCAGGUCUCCAGGCACAGUGAGACCAAUCCUGUCGCAAGAGCAGACUACCUUUGACAAGUUGGUCGGUUACUUGGUUGGGGACGGACCUGGUAGCAGGUAUGCUCUCAUCUGCAAACAUUGCUAUUCACACAAUGGCAUGGCUCUACAAGAAGAAUAUGAAUAUCUUGCCUUUAGGUGUGCCUACUGCAAGACCUUCAACCCGUCUAAGAAAGUCCGACCUAAUGCUCCCAAGCUUCCUGAGACACCUGCUGUUGCAUUUGGAGCAAGACUGGUAGAUCCCGAGAGGAGAGGUUCUGGCUCCAAUGCCAGUGGAAGUGAAUUCAGCGGGUCUGAGACGGAAUCCACAUCCAGCCACCAGAACCAAACUGAAGAACCCACUACAACAAUGGAACCAUCAGCAGAGGUACAGAGCACAGAGGAAACUCCUGUAAAGGAGACUAUCGAGAAAGAGGAGGAGACUAUCGAGGAUGAAGCGGGAGACCAUAUUGAUGUUACUGAGAGUACAACAGAAACACCUGAAAGGAACGAAGCUCCAGAAGUAGAACAACUCAGAUAACAUUUUCUCUUUUCUACUUUAUACAGUUAACGACUCAAUUAUUCAUACCCUUACCAAGUUUGUAAUUUUUGACAGCAUGCAAACAAAUUAUUUGUCCCAAUUUAUAUUCGUUGAGAAGGUGACC